AUGCCCGAUCGGUGCCAGCAGAGCCCGGUGCUGGCAGGCAGUGCCGCUUUGGUCGCCUUGGGGUUAGUGACUCUGUACUGCGGGGAGCCCUCCGGCUACGGAAAGUACACGGAGAACCUGCAGCCCGGGGCUUUCCGCCUGCCCGCCCGCGCCGCCUGGUUCCUGCAGGAGCUGCCUUCCUUGGUGGUGCCCGUGCGGAUGCUCGCCCGGCAGCCCAUCUCUCUCUUCGGACCGCCGGAGACUAUGCUUAUGGGACUCUUCUGCGCACAUUACUUCCACAGGACGUUUGUUUACUCAUUGCUCACUAGAGGGAGGCCUCUUCCAGCUGUAAUCAUUUUCAAAGGCUUUUUCUUCUGCUUGGGAAAUGGAUUCCUUCAAGGCUACUAUCUGACUUACUGUGCUGAAUAUCCUGAUGAGUGGUACACAGAUAUACGGUUUAGCUUGGGUACCUUCUUAUUUAUUUUGGGAAUGGGAGUCAACAUUCACAGUGACUAUAUCUUGCGCCAUCUCAGGAAGCCUGGAGAAAUCAACUACAAGAUCCCACAAGGCGGCUUGUUUAAGUAUGUUUCUGGAGCCAAUUUCCUCGGGGAGAUCAUUGAAUGGAUCGGCUAUGCCCUGGCCACUUGGUCCCUCCCAGGACUUGCAUUUGCAUUUUUCUCUUUCUGCUUCCUUGGGGUUCGAGCUUUUCACCACCAUAGAUUCUACCUCAAGAUGUUUGCGAACUACCCCAAAUCUCGGAAAGCACUUAUUCCAUUCAUCUUUUAA